UUCCGUUUUCCGCAGAACUCUCUCUCUCUCUCUCUCUCUCUCUAGCUUUUGCUCUUUCAUGGCGUCGCUCGAGAGCCUGACGGAGGACCUGCUCGUCCGCAUCUACAAGGGCCUCGCCUCCGACGCUGAUCGCAAGUCGUGGCGGCUCGCGUGCCGCGACUUCCACCGGAUCGACGCCCUCGCGCGCUCCUCCCUCCGCGUCCUGCGCGCCGAGUACCUCCACUCACUCCUCGCCAACUACCCUCGCCUCCACACGCUGGACCUCUCCGUCUGCCCCCGGAUUGACGACGCCGCCGUCUCGGUGCUGCUGAGCGGGAGCGCGCCCAGCGUGUUCCCGCGGGCCCCUUCCCUCCUGCCGCCGCCGAGGAGCCGCGACCCGCUGGGCUGGGCCCGGGGCCUGAGGAAGCUGGUGCUGAGCCGGUCCACCGGGCUGGGCCACUGCGGGCUCGAGCAGGUGAUAAGGGCGUGCGCUUAUCUGGAGAGCGUCGACGUGUCGCAUUGUUGCGGGUUCGGGGACCGGGAGGCGGCGGCGCUGUCGUGCGGGGAGAGGCUGAGGGAAGUGAAGAUGGACAAGUGCUUGGGAGUGACCGACGUCGGGUUGGCCAAGAUCGCUGUGGGUUGUGGGAGGUUGGAGAAGGUGAGCUUGAAGUGGUGCAUGGAGAUUACUGAUUUAGGGGUGGAUCUAUUGUGCAAGAAGUGCGUGGGCUUGAAGUUCCUUGAUUUGUCUUACCUCAAGGUUACAAACGACUCCCUGCGAUCAAUCGGUUCUCUACCAAAGUUGGAAGUUUUGGCUUUGGUGGGUUGUUCUCUCAUUGAUAACACUGGAUUACAAUUCCUCGGGAAUGGAUGCCCUUUGUUGCGGGUCAUUGAUAUGUCGAGGUGCAAUGGCAUCAGUUCUUCUGGUUUGGUCUCUGUUGUUAAAGGACAUGAAAAUCUCGUGCAGCUUAAUGCAAGUUACAGCUUGACGGAGUGCUCAUCAAGCCUUCUCCACUGCUUUAAAGAUUUGAAGAAUCUGAAGGCCAUUAAAAUUGACGGGGCUCGAGUUUCAGACUCCGCUUUCAAAGCAUUGAGCAAUUGCACGUCAUUGGUGGAAAUUGGACUAGGCAAGUGCAUAGGGGCGACGAACCUGGGUCUCAUGCGCCUCGUCUCUGGCUUUGUUAACUUGAGGGUCCUUGACUUGACAUGUUGCCAUUCCAUAACCGACGCGGCAAUUUUUGCUAUAUCAGAUUCUUGCCGCAACCUAACGUGUCUGAAGCUAGAAUCUUGCAAUAUGAUCACUGAGAAAAGUCUCUAUUACCUUGGAUCAUUUUGUUUGCUACUUGAGGAGCUUGAUCUUACUGAUUGUGGUGGGAUAAACGAUACAGGACUUGAGUAUCUUUCUAAUUGUUUGGAGCUUUCAUGCUUAAAGCUGGCGCUAUGCCCAACUAUAUCUGACAAAGGAUUAGGUCAUAUUGCCUCCAAAUGCAGGAAGAUCUGUGAGAUUGAUCUUUACCGUUGUACCGGGAUUGGAGACGAUGCAUUAGCUGCUCUAUCAAGCGGUUUCAAGAAGCUGAGGAGGCUCAAUUUGUCAUACUGCCCUGAUGUUACAGACAGAGGGAUGAAAUAUCUUGGCCAAUUAGAAGAACUUUGGGACCUAGAGAUGCGUGGGCUUGUCAAUGUGACAGGUGUUGGUUUGACAGCACUUGCAGCCGGAUGCAAGAGAUUGGCUGAUUUAGACAUGAAAUACUGUGAAAAUGUUGAUGAUUCAGGCUUCUGGGCACUUGCCUACUAUGCACGGAACUUGCGACAGAUAAACUUAAGCCACUGCAACAUUUCUAACAUGGGGCUGUGCAUGGUGAUGAGCAAUUUGACACGCCUGCAGGAGGCGAAGCUGGUGCAUCUCAACAAAGUGACAGUCGAAGGCUUUGAGCUCGCACUUCGGACGUGCUGGGUCAGGAUAAAAAAGGUCAAGUUGCUCGCUGCUUUAAGAUUCAAGCUUUCCUUUGACGUACGCGAGACUUUGCGUGCUAGAGGCUGCAAGAUAAGAUGGGAUUAGCAGACAGAUCACACCCAGAAUCAUGUGCUCGGUAUCAAAGAUCCGGCGUAUCUCACAUAGUUUCUGGAAUUAGAUGUGCCCUAGAGCAGCUCAACUGGUGUAUUGAGCAGUCUAUAUUUGACUUAACUAUAGCUUAUUGUGCUGCACGAAGAUCAGACUCACUUAACCAAUACCCUUGCCGACAAUUCGGAUACAGAAAUGGGUAACCUUACUUUCCAUAGUAGUCCAAUCCAACGUGUACUUUCUCUUCUUGGUGAAAACCAUGUGUAGGUGGGUUUUGGAAGUUCUUUGUACUUGGAACUCUUGCUUCAUACAGCCUACUUGAUCUGAACUGAUAAACUUACUCAUAAUUCACCCUGGUUUCAAGGA